GAGACGGGCCCUCCUAAGAAACCCGAAUGUCAGAACUUCCUGAAGGCUCACUCUUUGUGUGGCACUGGAGGUCGACCGCUGCUCUGCCGCUCAGAGAGCAGGCCGCCACCAGCUGCAGAAGACUCAGAUUCUGAGAUACAUGUGAGAGGACACACGGUGGACUUUGUGAGUCAUAACGCUCGUGCUGCAGGGAAGACGAACCUGAGGAGAUCUCAGUCCUUACAGAACCUCCGAGACAAACCACCACCCAGCGCCGUGAAGGGCAAAGUGCCACAAUAUCUGGAGCAGAGGAAGUUGCAGUGGAAAAAGGAGGAGGAGGAGAAGAGGAGAAACACUCCUGAUCCGUCCAUUCCUGCUGGACACACUCAGAUGUCUGAAAGAGAGAGACAAGAGACCCUGAGGUCCCUCAAAGAAACUCACAGGUCUCUGGUCAGUGAGCUGCUGUCUCUCCCCAUCAAAGCCGACACACUGAGCGUCCGCUCUCGACGCGCUCAACUCGACCAGCGUCUCUCGGAGGUCGAGGAGGCCGUCAAAAUCUUCUCACGGGACAAAGUCUAUGUGAAAGUCGACUCUUAAACACCACAUUCAUAUCAGGCUGUUUCUUCUGUAUUUAUGUAUUUAUUAGUUAGCAGCAGAUGAUUUUUCAUUUCCUGAGUUUACUGCAUUUGAACGCUUGACACUAUAAAGAGAUUUGUGACUAAAUAUGAUGCAUAUUAGUGGCAGAGAUCAUUGAUUUAUUUUUUGCUAAUUAUAUUCUGUAGUCAUGCUUUGGUUAGAUAAUCAUGAG